GCAGUUGUUUUUUCUCUCUUUCAAUUCAACUUCAAAAUCAAUUCUUCAAGAAAUUCAACAUGACCAUGUUGAAGGAAGUCAUUAUCCGUGAAGUUUGGGCGUACAAUUUAGAGUAUGAAUUCAAUCUCAUCCUUCAAGCUAUCUCUGAACAUCAUCUAAUCAUUUCAAUGGAUACUGAAUUUCCCGGCGUAAUUCAUUCCCCAAAAAUUGACUAUCGUCAUCUUCUACCCUCUGAUCACUACCGUUAUUUGAAAGCCAAUGUCGAUGAUCUUAAACUCAUUCAAGUUGGACUCACACUUUCGGAUUCUGAGGGAAACCUUCCUGACUUUGGAACCAAUAACAGUUACAUCUGGGAGUUUAACUUCUGUGAUUUUGACGUCAAUCAUGAUCUCUGUAAUCAAGAUUCCAUUGAUAUGCUCCGCCGUCAAGGGAUUAAUUUUGAGCGCAAUUUAUUUCACGGUGUGGAUUCAAAGCUUUUCGCUGAACUAAUGUUCUCGUCGAUACUUGUUUAUAACGAUUUUGUUACUUGGGUCACGUUUAGUAGCGCUUAUGAUUUUGGAUAUUUGGUGAAGAUCCUGACCGGAAUGAAUUUACCAAACCUGUUAGAGGAUUUUUUGAAAAUGGUUGGAGUGUUGUUUGGAUUAGAAAUUGCAGCUUAUUGUUUUUUCUCUCUUUCAAUUCAACUUCAAAAUCAAUUCUUCAAGAAAUUCAACAUGAGCAUGUUGAAGGAAGUCAUUAUCCGUGAAGUUUGGGCGUACAAUUUAGAGUAUGAAUUCAAUCUCAUCCUUCAAGCUAUCUCUGAACAUCAUCUAAUCAUUUCAAUGGAUACUGAAUUUCCCGGCGUAAUUCAUUCUCCAAAAAUUGACUAUCGUCAUCUUCUACCCUCUGAUCACUACCGUUAUUUGAAAGCCAAUGUCGAUGAUCUUAAACUCAUUCAAGUUGGACUCACACUUUCGGAUUCUGAGGGAAACCUUCCUGACUUUGGAACCAAUAACAGUUACAUCUGGGAGUUUAACUUCUGUGAUUUUGACGUCAAUGAUCUCUGUAAUCAAGAUUCCAUUGAUAUGCUCCGCCGUCAAGGGAUUAAUUUUGAGCGCAAUUUAUUUCACGGUGUGGAUUCAAAGCUUUUCGCUGAACUAAUGUUCUCGUCGAUACUUGUUUAUAACGAUUUUGUUACUUGGGUCACGUUUAGUAGCGCUUAUGAUUUUGGAUAUUUGGUGAAGAUCCUGACCGGAAUGAAUUUACCAAACCUGUUAGAGGAUUUUUUGAAAAUGGUUAAAGUAUUGUUUGGAAAAAGUGUUUAUGACAUGAAAUAUAUGAUGAAGUCCUGCAACUCUCUUUAUGGUGGUCUCGAGCGGGUAGCUACUACGCUUGAUGUGUGUCGGGCAGUUGGAAAUGCUCAUCAAGCUGCAUCGGAUAGUUUGUUGACGUGGCAUGUAUUCGACAAAAUGAUAAAGACUUAUUUUAAGGAUGACGAAGCUGCCAAACAUGCCGGAGUGUUGUUUGGAUUAGAAAUUGCAGCUUAG